GAUCGGGUGCGCGCGUGCGUGGAUGUGCUUCCCCGUCUGUCAAAUUUUGGCUUUUGGUUGGAAAAAAGAACUUAGCCUAUAUGUUCUGCAUUAACCACUGGAAGAAUGACAGAUGACAAAGAUGUGCUUCGAGAUGUGUGGUUUGGACGAAUUCCAACUUGCUUUACCCUGUAUCAAGAUGAGAUAACUGAACGGGAGGCAGAGCCAUAUUAUUUGCUUUUGCCAAGAGUAAGUUAUUUGACGUUGGUAACUGACAAAGUGAAAAAGCACUUUCAGAAGGUUAUGAGACAAGAAGACAUUAGUGAGAUAUGGUUUGAAUAUGAAGGCACACCUCUGAAAUGGCAUUAUCCAAUUGGUUUGCUAUUUGAUCUUCUUGCAUCAAGUUCAGCUCUUCCUUGGAACAUCACAGUACAUUUUAAGAGUUUCCCUGAAAAGGAUCUUCUGCAUUGUCCAUCAAAGGAUGCAAUUGAAGCUCAUUUUAUGUCAUGUGUGAAAGAAGCUGACGCUCUAAAGCAUAAAAGUCAAGUAAUCAAUGAAAUGCAGAAAAAAGAUCACAAGCAACUCUGGAUGGGAUUACAAAAUGGCAAAUUUGACCAGUUUUGGGCCAUCAAUCGGAAACUCAUGGAAUAUCCUGCAGAAGAAAAUGGAUUUCGAUACAUCCCUUUUAGAAUAUAUCAGAUGACAACAGAACGGCCUUUUAUUCAGAAGCUUUUUCGUCCUGUGGCUACAGAUGGACAAUUAACCACACUAGGUGAUCUCCUGAAAGAAGUUUGUCCUUCUGCAAUUACUUCUGAAGAUGGGGAAAAAAGGAAUCAAGUGAUGAUUCAUGGCAUUGAGCCAAUGUUGGAAACACCUCUGCAGUGGCUGAGCGAACACCUGAGCUACCCAGAUAAUUUUCUUCAUAUUAGUAUCAUCCCUCAACCGACAGAUUGAAGGCUCAACUCAUUGCCUUGGCAGAAUCACCUUGACACAGGACUUACCCAAGCAUGUCAUUUUUCUGCUUCAGUCAGGUUUAGUGGAAGCACCCUGAACCAGAAACACUGCUGCAGACCAAGCAGAAGAAAGAUUCCACGGGAGAUAAGGCCUUGAGCUGGUCUGCCUGUGCAUCACCACUGCUCCCCUCCACUGCCGUCAUUCAGCCUCCUCUACAACAGGACAGACUUGGCAGGACCACUCUCAAGUCUUCUAUUUUCUUGUAAGAUACAAUGAAGCUGAAACCUGUGGCCUAAGAAGAAGAUGGAAAUAUAUGCCACUCGAUUUGUACUUCUGAUUAACAAAUAAACAGGGGUAUUUCCUAAGGUGACCAUGGUUGAACUUUAGUUCAAGGGAGUGGAAACAUUGGUUUAAUUUUCAAGAGAAUUAGACUUAAGAAAGUAAAAGAGAAAUUCUGUUAUCAAUAACUUGCAGUAAAUUUUUGUAACAGAUCAAAUUACAGUAACCCAUCUUUCCUUAAUGAAAAUUUCCUAUGUUUACAGUCUGUUGGUAUGCAAACAAUCUUGUAACUUUGAUAAUGAAUAGUAAGAGAUUUUUAAAUAAAGCUUCUAAAUAUGUUUUGUCAUUUAAUCACAUGCAUUUUGGUCACUUUUCCAGUACUUUCUGAUUCUCAGUAGAUCACUGUUUUUACUCUGUUAUCAUUCAGGCUGGUCAUCACUGGCUGGGAUGGGGUGCAGAAUAACUUCUCAGGAGCUGGCAUAGAAUUUCUUGUGGCCUGUUUUCAAAUGUGUUCUUUACAUUUACAUGAUAAAGGUAUUAGUAUAUUACCAUAUAUAUCUGUUGAUGUAUCAGUGUAGAUCUGUUAAAUCAUAGUUUGCUAAACAUCUGUAGUUGAAUUUUUGGAAAAAGUUGUCCCUUUCCAAGUUAAUGUUUCUCAUUGGCUCCAGAUCCAAUGUGGUGUUCCCUGGAAGCCAGUCUUUGAAGUCUCAAGAUUGCCAAUCUCUAGACUACAGUAGCUUUUCCUUAGCUUUACCAAAAAUAUUUAGAGCUUACAAGAGUUCUUACUCAAUAAUAUAAGGAAAUAUUUGUUGCACUUUAUUACCAUGCUGCUGGAACUCUUACCAGCUGACUGUAUUUGUGCAUUACACUUUGUUUCUUGUAAGCUAGCUUACUUUCCAUAUUGAACCAACCCGUUUGAGUAUGCAAACAAACAUAGUCAUCAUACAGUAAUGGUUUAGGUUUCCUAAUAAAAAUGAAUGUUUUUCUUAUAAAAA